AUUCUAAAGAAUUUCUUCGUUGAUCAUAUCAUUGCCAAUUCUACAAUUGGUUAGUUAUUCGAGUUGGUCGGGUUUGUUUUUGUUUAGUUGGUUGGUUGUUGAUAAUUACCAUCUUCUUUCCUAUUUAGCCAGCAUUCAAUAAGGUUUUUCGGUUUAGUUUGAGAAAAUGGAAGAAAUUGAACAAGAAAUCGAUCUUGAUCAAAUUACUGAUGAAAAUCUUUUACAAAGUUUGCUUGAUCAAACUGAUGAUCCGGAAGAUCGAAAAGUAAUUAGAGAUCGUAUUAAAGAACUACGUUCACAAAAAGCAGCUAAAAAAGUUGAACGUGAUGAAAAACUUACCCGAUUAACUAAUACCCGUGAAGAUAUGUUACAACAGAAAAAGAAAGAAGCCGAACAACAUAAACAACGUACAAUGGCUAUGUAUGAUAAUAUGGCACGUUCAGCACCGGCUGGUGGUGAUAAAAAACUUGAUACUAAUAUUCUUAAACAGGAUACAAAACCAACAUCACCAACACCACGAACAACAACAUCAGCUUUACCAACAACACCACGAACACCAACAUCACCUGGUUCAUUUCCAUUAUCAAUUGGACCAAAAGUAGAUCUGGUUGAAGAUGCAAUCAAACGACGACAACGUGAAGCUGAAGAACGUAAAAAACGUAUUUUAGCUGCUUAUGAUGUUGCUGCUAAAACACAACCAGCUGGCACUGUUAAAGAAGUUGAUUUUGAUGUUGUCAAUAAAAUUGAUGUUUCACAAUAUGAAAUUCCAAAAAAUACAUCGAAUGUAGGAACUUUUCAAAUGUCUGGUGGUGUUCCUAUUGUUAAAAAAACACCAUCAGUUCCGGCAUCACCUGUUAUCGAUGCACUUGCUCCAAAAUUUCCUGCUGCUGCUGAAGAAAAAUUGGAUGCCUAUGAACGUGCAUUACGUGAACGACAACGUGAAUGUGAAGAACGUAAACGUCGCCUUUUAGAAAGUUAUCAACAGAUUUCUAGAUGUGAAGCUGGUCCGAAAACAUUUGUACCACCACCAAACAUUGGAAUGUAAAAUUAAUCAAAGUUGGAAAUUUCUCAA